AUGGAAAAGGUAACACUGGAUGAAGGGUAUAAAAAGACUCCGCUCACGAAAUGCUGGACGUCAGUUCUUUUGCUGAGAGGUUUGAAGAUGGGUCGCUAUUCGUCUGUCCGCAUCAUUUGUUCGUUACUGAUUUUGUUGGCCUGUUGGCCAGCAACUUCGAAUGGAGCUUCGCUUACCGUAGAAGACAAACUGCAACAGUUGGCUGAUAAUUAUGCCAAAUUUAAAGAAAUUAUGGGCUCGAAAAUGGUUCAACUGGAGAAGAAAAUCAUCGAACUGGAUGCUGUAAAUGUUGAACAUGGGCUGAGGUACACUCAGCUGGAAGAGCAAGUCACGCAACUCGAAGAGUCGGUGACGCUGCAGUUGAAAAAUCAAAAUCCUCAACUUCAGAUGGAGGCAGGAGAAGAUUUGGCAUCCAAAGUUCUUCAACUGGAGGCCAAAGUGCCACAACAGGAAACGCUUAUGAUCGCCUUGAAUCACAUUCUCAAGUUGAAGGAGGUUGUCGGGGAGAAAAUGUCUGAACUCGGAGAAAAAGACUCUCAACUGGAGACGAGGAUGAAUGAACUCGAGCAAAAAGAUUCUCAGUUGGAAACCAAGUUGAGUGAACUGCAGUCGAGAGAAGUUUUGAAGAGAAUUCUGGAACUGGAUCCUGGAACCCAACAGAAUGAAUCGUCACUUCAAUCUCUCCAACAGGAAAAUUUUAAUUUACCGUACAACAUUCCAACCAUCACUCGAUCAUCGGGGAAGAAUGGCAACCCAAGAACCUGCAAAGAAAUUCACUCGAAUGAUCCUUCUUCUCCAUCCGGAAUGUACUGGAUCGAUCCGGAUGGCCAGGGAGUUGGAGAUGACUCCAUCUACGUCCAUUGCGACAUGACAACAGGAACGACUUCAGUUCCCCACGACAGCGAGUCUCCAACAAACGUGGGUCAUUGCGCUGAACCUGGAUGUUAUUCCAGGGCAAUAAGGUACAACGCAACCAGUAAACAAUUGGCAGCGUUGGCUGAAUUAUCAGUCGAAUGCCACCAAUCGAUUGUAUACGACUGCAACUACGCCCCCUUCGAAUUCAACAACGUCCCUUAUGCCUGGUGGAACGACAGAAAUGGAAACCCGCAUUAUUAUUGGGCCGGAAGUGCGACGGAUGUCCAUAGCUGUCAGUGUAGUAUCGAUCAAAAUUGCAUUGAUGGCACCGCCAAAUGCAACUGCGACUCGAUUUCACCUACGCAACUGACUGACGCAGGUUUUAUCACCGAUAAGAAACUCUUGCCCGUCACCGGUUUGAACUUUGGACGAACACAUUUUGAAAUUUCAUCCGGAGUCCACACACUCGGCCGAUUCCAAUGUUCUGGAUAGGUGACCAUCUCUGGAAUGCCAAAAUCCUGCGAGGAUCUCUGGCGUAUUGGACACUCCCUCAAUGGCGUCUACUCCGUCGUGGGAUCUGCAAUGAUGGAAAGUGUUUACUGUGACUUUACAAAACUCCCCGAGGAUCCAGGAUUCCAGAAGUGGAUCGGGUACGCCGACGUCAAAUCAGUGCCCACCUACUUUUACGUGCAGAGAAGUCAACGUUUCUCCAAAGUCAACGUUUCCAUCCCCUUUAAUACGGCACUUGUCAACAUCGGGAACGCUAUUAAUUUGACGACUGGGGUUUUCACCGCUCCUAGAGCUGGAACUUAUUACUUUUCGUUCACAGGAUUGGCCGAAUUCCCAACAUUUUCCUCUCUGCUCUAUUUAGGCGUGGAUUUGUAUUUGAAUGGAAAUCUUAUUGGAAGAGGUUUCGUUGAAGACCAAAACACCGUUGCAGGGCAAUUCACUCCCGUGACGUUGCAUUCGACGCUCAAUCUAUUACCUGGUGAUCAAAUCUGGUUGCAAAUAGAUUCCUUGUUGCCUCCGUUGAUUGGCGACGGUACUGCAGCCCGUCGUAAAAGGCGAAUGCUUCCGACAAAGGGAGUGAUUUUAUUCGACGAUUAUCGCCACUUUACUCAUUUUACUGGAUUGAUGUUGGAGGAGGACAUUUCACAAUCGCUUUAAUUUCUUUUCUUAUUUUUAACUGAUGCAUUUAAAACAAUUAAAUUUUGCCUGUUACCUACAAACUUUUUCAGCAGAGACCUUCUUGUUAAUACAUAUGUAUUCUUUAGGA